UGUAACGGGAUUAAAAUCAUCAUGUAUGAUGUUGUUAAUAGAUUUUGUUUUCUUUCUAUUGCAGGGCAAGCAGGAAUAAACGCUUUAGAAGAAGAAGAGCAAGCCCUGAACGCACUAAACUUACAUGAUGACUCAUAAGACCGUUUGUAAACUAGCUCCCCUUCUGUACAGACCCCGCGUAUUUUAAUUUUCAAAAUAAACGUCUAUUGGCCUCCGUUCCUCGUUCUCUCUGUGGUGUAAAGUGUUCAGUUAACAUUGUGUGUGUUGUGGCUUUAGGUUUUCCCGUCUUCCAGUGACUGCUGAUUACACGUGUUACAACUGGUGUCGGAGGUGAGAUGGAAAAACGCGAUGAGAACCUAGACGAACCCCCUUUGAUUCCAAUCAGGGCUACUUCCAGUUCAACCCCGCAUCAACCACCACUGCUCGAAACAUCAUCAGAUUACUCCGUUUGGAAGUUUAAAGUCACAGCGUACCUGCAGAGAGUUCCAUUAUCCGAGCAUUUCAACUACCUUGUUUCCUAUCUGAGUGAUGAUGCAGUACGCAGGGUUAUAGCGAACGGGUUUUCGGCCAGUAACACGCUCCCACAAAACUGGAGAAUUCUGGACGACUGUUUUUCCCUGCCCGUGGACACCCAGCAAAUGACAAUUCAGUUUUUAUCACGCCACCAAAAAGCGAACGAGAGUCCAGUAGACUACCUUCAUUCCCUACAGCAAGUUGCGGUACAAGCAUUCCCCCGGUUGGAUAUGAUGGGACGAGAGGAACUAAUUCGCUCACGUUUUGUCGAGGGCCUGUUACCCGGACCACUCAGAGAACACUUCCUUCGAAAUCCACCAACGGAUACGUUUGACGUAAAGAGAACAACAUUACGCUUUCUGGCCGCUGACAAACUAGCGAAUGUAUCCAAUGCACAUUCAUCAUCGGUAAUGACUGUGGAACGAGCCACAAAAUCUAGUGGUCCGGACACCUGCCAGGCUACAAUAGCUGUGACCGACCUUCCCGGUCGAGGUGCUAUCCGCGGACAGUCAAAUUUGAGAUGGAACAAACAACCAGCAUGGAGAAAUUACAAUGGGCGCCAAGCCGACUGUAUAUAUUGCAAAAGGUUUGGCAAGAACGCCAAAAGAUGCGGUCACAACCGCCCCCGGAAACCAGGUAAGCAGUGUCGUUUACAUAUAUCGUCUUGCUAUGUUAAGCAUUUGUGCCCUGUUACUAUUAAGGGUAGAGUGCAAAGUACUGAGAUUAAUAUACUAUUAGAUACAGGAGCUUCAGUAUCCUUGAUCAAGGAAGACCUCUUGCAGAAACUUAACCUCAGCACCCAGCGUAAACAACGCUCUUCUACGUUAAUUACCGCGAGCGGAGAACCCUUGAAAGCAUGUUCUCAGAUAGGGUUAGAGCUGACGAUUGACAAGAAGCCUUUUCAACAUGAAUUCUGGGUUUGCCCCACACUGACUUGGGACAUGAUUCUCGGGGUCGACUUCAUGUUAAAAUACCAGGUCUCUAUACACAUGAAUAAGUCAGAAGCGAGUAUUGGUGGAGUUGUCGUACAAAUACAACACCAUGAAAUACCAACUAAGUCCGUAGCCCAGGUGGGAACUGCAGAGAUUGUACGUCAGGUACGAGAUAACCAAUUAAUAAGUGAAAAGGACCGUCGGGCUACCAUUGACGUACUCCAACGAUUUAGCACUGUUUUCUCGGAGAACAUCUCUGGAAAUCGGACAACCAUUGUGCAACAUUCCAUUGUCACAGGUGACCACAUGCCAUUACGCCAACCACCUCGUAGGGUCCCGGUGCAUUAUCAGCCUCAUUUAGAAUCCAUGAUAAAAGAUAUGUUAGAAAAAAAGAUUAUUGUACCAUCUUCGUCACCCUGGGCAUCGCCAAUUGUCUUAGUAAAAAAAGAAGGAUUCCUCCCUACGACUGUGUGUAGAUUACCGGCGCCUUAAUGCUAUAACUAAGCGUGAUUCCUUUCCACUUCCACGGAUAGACGCUACCUUAGAUGCCAUGAAAGGUGCUCGCUGGUUCUCAACGCUAGACUUAGCAUCCGGGUAUUGGCAAGUGGAAGUCCGACCCCAAGAUAGAAAAAAAACUGCAUUUGUAGUGCCUAAUGGCUUAUAUGAAUUUCAAGUAAUGCCUUUCGGGCUAACUAACGCCCCAGCUACCUUUCAACGAUUGAUGCAGACAGUUCUGCAAGGUCUCGUACCGCACCAGUGCUUAAUCUACCUUGACGAUAUUAUUGUAUAUGGCAACACGCCAGAACAACAUAAUGCCAAUUUGAAGGCAGUCCUACAACGUAUUAAGCAGCAUAACCUAAAAGUGAAACCAUCUAAAUGUCGACUAUUGCAAAAAGAAGUGCUUUUCUUAGGGCACCGCAUUACAGAAGAUGGAGUGGCAACAGAUAAAGAAAAGACACGUGUGAUUGUUAAUUGGCCACAACCAAAAUCACCUGAAGACGUUCGUAGCUUCCUUGGACUAGCUUCUUACUAUAGACGCUUCGUACGUGAUUUCGCAUCAUUAGCAGCACCUUUCCACCGAUUAACCCACAAAGGACGAAAAUUUUUAUGGACCAGCGAGUGUCAACAGGCGUUUGAUGCUUUGAAGGCUCGAUUAACUUCUCCACCUAUAUUAGCCUUCCCAGAUACUUCAGCAGACGGAGGCGAAUUUAUACUCGAUACGGAUGCUAGUUCCUCGGCUAUUGGAGCAGUUUUAUCACAAGUAGCUCGAGACGGACACGAAAGGGUCAUUGCGUAUGCUAGUCGACGAUUAGAUAAGACUGAAGCACGAUAUUCUACAACACGUCGGGAGAUGUUAGCACUAGUAAAAUUCUUACAACAUUUUCGCCAUUAUCUGUUGGGCAAACCCUUUCGUGUGCGCACGGAUCACCGUGCACUGCAGUGGCUCCGUUCUUUCCGCGAACCAGAAGGGCAAGUGGCACGCUGGCAGGAGAGACUACAAGAGUUCGAUUUCACAUGCGAGUAUCGCCCAGGAAAUCGACAUGCAAACGCGGAUGCACUCUCCCGAAUACCCCAGACCACAGAUAUUAUUAACGCAAUUCUUAGUACAGCUCCAGAGACAGACUGGCCCUCCCUACAAGCAGCAGAUCCAGACUUACAGAUUGUUUAUCAAAGACAGCUACAUGGAAAUAGUAAGCCAUCCAUGAGGGAGCUUAAAGAUCAAUCCGUAACAACUCGUCGUAUCUGCACCAAAUGGGGUAACUUCAAGCUGUAUGGUGACACAUUAUUCCUAAUGAAUGAAUCAAAACAACCCCUACUGAUAGUACCGCGAGUGAAAGUUGAGAGUAUUGUGGAACAGGUACACCGCGAACUUGGUCAUGCGGGAGAACGGAGAACGGAACACGCUGUUCGUCAACGCUUUUGGUGGCCUUCUAUACACGAAGAUGUAGCUCAGUUUUGCAAGAAUUGUAACACGUGCUGCCGUUUUAAAUCGCCUCAGCAGACACCCCGUGCACCAAUGACGCCGAUGGUAACGACAGGACCACACCAGCGAGUUGGUAUAGACAUCAUGGGACCACUAACUACGACAAAAAACGGGAACCGCUACAUACUGGUUAUGGUGGAUUAUUUCACUAAAUGGUGCGAAGCUGUACCCCUUCCACAGCAGGACGCCCCUACUGUUGCCCGAGCUUUCAUCGAUCACUGGGUCUCCCGUUAUGGUGCCCCUGUCUCACUCCACUCCGACCAAGGUCCAGCCUUUGAAAGCCACCUCAUUACUGAGAUAUGCCGGCUAUUAGGAAUCAAGAAGACACACACCACUGCCUAUCACCCAGAAGGUAACGGCCUCGUAGAAAGAACAAACAGAACUAUUAAAGCCAUCUUGCAGUCGUUUGUCAGUAGAUCGUCACCGGAGUUAUGGGAUGAGGUGCUUCCCCAAUGCCUUUUAGCAUAUCGUACGUCGGUACAUGGGUCCACAGGAUUCUCGCCUGCUAUUUUGUUGUUCGGGCACGAACUACGCCUACCAGUAGAGAUACAGUCACCCCUGCUGCCCUACGAAGAACAAGAGCAUGUUCCGUACAUACGUACUCUCCGCAACCGACUAGCUGAUGCCUACCGUCUGGUCAACAUUAACUUAGGCAAGGCCAGUGGACACCAAAAAGAUAUAUAUGAUCGUCAAGCACAAGGACCUAGGUAUACGGUUGGAGAUCGCGUCUGGUUACGCCGCCCAAUGACGUCGCUAGGGGGUUGCAGUAAAUUCCAUCAACCCUGGCAAGGCCCCUUUGAAAUUGUCCUCAUCCGAUCGCCCACCACGUUUGUAUUACGUAACAUACAACGACCUAAAGACGAUGUGAUAACGGUGCACUACAACCAGAUAAAACCUGAUCGGACAACAUUUCCCUUCGAUGUUCAACUCGCUGAUCCACCGCCGGCCACUAGAUUUUACGAAGUACCACCUGAAGGAGGGACAGCAUACCCGUGCCCAAGAUCAGGCACUGAGGACAGUGCCUCAUUAGGAGAGGGGGCGAUGUAACGGGAUUAAAAUCAUCAUGUAUGAUGUUGUUAAUAGAUUUUGUUUUCUUUCUAUUGCAGGGCAAGCAGGAAUAAACGCUUUAGAAGAAGAAGAGCAAGCCCUGAACGCACUAAACUUACAUGAUGACUCAUAAGACCGUUUGUAAACUAGCUCCCCUUCUGUACAGACCCCGCGUAUUUUAAUUUUCAAAAUAAACGUCUAUUGGCCUCC